GCUUUCCCUCGGUGUCCACGGCGGUCUGGGGCGUAGCGCGGGCGGCAGCUGAGGCAGUGGGCGAGGGGCAGGUUGUGCGUGAGCGGAGCGGCGGGUCCCGUGGUGCGGCCCGGCGCGGAGCGGAAGCUGCUACUGCGCUCGCGCAGAGUUCCCUCGCUCGCCCUCCCGAUUGCCGCGGCGGAGGCCGGGGCGGGAGGAGCCGGGAGGUUGGCGGGGGCCCGGCGGGCGGAUGGAGGAGGCGCCUCCCCGCCGCGCCUGAGCGCACGACGAGCAGCGGCGCCGCCUGAGCCCCGGAGCAGCGGAGCGGCCGCCGGGCUGUCGCCGCCGCAGCCCGCAGCAUGGUUGACUAUAUUGUGGAAUAUGACUAUGAUGCUAUACAUGAUGAUGAAUUGACGAUUCGAGUUGGAGAAAUCAUCAGGAAUGUGAAAAAGCUCCAGGAAGAAGGCUGGCUAGAAGGAGAGCUAAAUGGGAGGAGAGGAAUGUUCCCCGAUAACUUUGUUAAGGAAAUUAAGCGAGAGACAGAACCGAAGGAUGACAAUUUACCUAUCAAACGGGAAAGGCAUGGGAAUGUAGCCAGCCUUGUACAGCGAAUGAGCACUUAUGGACUUCCAGCUGGAGGAAUUCAGCCACACCCACAAACCAAAAAUCUUAAGAAGAAGACAAAAAAGCGGCAGUGUAAAGUUCUUUUUGAGUACCUUCCACAGAAUGAGGAUGAACUGGAGCUGAAAGUAGGGGACGUCAUUGAUAUUAAUGAAGAGGUAGAAGAAGGCUGGUGGAGUGGAAUCCUGAAUAAUAAGCUGGGAUUGUUUCCCUCCAACUUUGUGAAAGAAUUAGAGAUAACAGAUGAUGGUGAAGCUCAUGAAACUCAGGACGAUUCAGAAACGAUUUUGACUGGGCCUACCUCACCUUUACCAUCUCCGGGAAAUGGGAGUGAAACCGCACCUGGAUCAGUUACACAGCCAAAGAAAAUUCGAGGAAUUGGAUUUGGAGAUAUUUUUAAAGAAGGCUCUGUGAAACUUAGGACAAGAACAUCCAGUAGUGAAACAGAAGAGAAAAAAGCAGACAAGUCCUUAGUCAUACAGUCACUAGGAUCUAAAACUCCGAAUGUGGAGAUAACAAAAACAGACAUUGAUGGCAAAAUUAAAGCUAAGGAGUAUUGUAGAACAUUAUUUGCCUAUGAAGGUACCAAUGAAGAUGAACUUACUUUUAAAGAAGGGGAGAUAAUCCAUUUGAUAAAUAAGGAGACUGGAGAAGCAGGCUGGUGGAAGGGUGAACUCAAUGGUAAAGAAGGAGUGUUUCCUGAUAAUUUUGCUAUUCAGUUAAGUGAACUGGAUAAAGACUUUCCAAAACCAAAGAAACCACCUCCUCCAGCCAAGGGUCCAGCUCCAAAGCCGGACCUAUUAGCAGCGGAGAAGAAAGUUUUUCCUCUAAAGCCUGAAGAAAAAGAUGAAAAGCCACUAUUGGAACAGAAACCUUCUAAACCAGCUGCUCCUCAAGUCCCACCGAAAAAGCCUACUCCACCCACCAAAGCCAAUAACUUACUGAGGUCUCCUGGAUCCGUGUACACAAAGCGACCUGAGAAACCAGUCCCUCCUCCACCUCCUGCAGCCAAAAUUAAUGGAGACAUUUCCACAAUUUCAUCAAAAUUUGAAAUGGAGUCAGUAUCAAAACCAAAGCUGGAUUCUGAACAAUUGCCUCUGAGACCAAAAUCAGUAGACCUUGAUGCAUUUGUAGCAAAGAUCUCUAAAGAAACAGACAUUGUAAAUUUUGAUGACAUAGCUUCCUCUGAGAACUUGUUACAUCUCACUGCAAAUAGACCCAAGAUGCCUGGAAGAAGGUUGCCUGGCCGCUUCAAUGGUGGACAUUCUCCAACUCAGAGCCCAGAAAAAACCUUGAAGUUACCAAAAGAAGAAGAUAGUGCCAACCUAAAGCCAUCUGAGCUUAAAAAGGAAAGCUACUCUCCAAAGCCAUCUCUUUCAACACCUUCAAGUGCUUCUAAAAUAAAUACAUCCACUUUCCUAACUCCAUUAGAAAUCAAAGCAAAAGUAGAAGCAGAUAAUGAGAAAAAAGAUUCCCUGGAUGAACUUAGAGCCCAGAUUGUUGAAUUACUGUGUAUUGUAGACGCACUGAAAAAGGAUCACGGGAGAGAACUGGAAAAACUGCGCAAAGAUUUAGAAGAGGAGAAGGUGAUGAGGAGCAGUCUAGAGGUGGAAAUAGAAAAGCUGAAGAAAGCUAUCCUGUCUUCUUGAGGUCAUGCGAACACAGUGUUCUUAAUGUUCCAGGGAUUUAGAAGCAUCACUACAAACUUCAGCUGACUUGUUACAGAGAACAAAUGCUGGUGUUGUGAUAAUGAGACAUAAGGCUAUGAACUUUGAUAUCCGUUGACAGUUAGGGGAGUGAAAAUUUUUAUAUAUUUUGUUUUGCCAAUAUGAAAAAAAAAAGAGGCCUUAAUUCUUACUGUGCUGGGAUUGCAAACAUUUUUGUUGUCGUUUGCUUGAAAAUACUACUGAAUCUGUAUAAAAAGGAAAGUUCACAAUAGUUUUUUUAUUGAGACUUGUAGUAUUAUUUUUAAAGAGGUCUAUACUAUAAAUAUGGUAAUAUCUUUACAAAUAAUCUGUAAGAUAAACUAUUUGAGAGGGACAAGUUAGCUUUAUAGUAACUAAAGUCACUACUUUCCCAUAAUAAGGGAUAUAAAAUUUAUGUGUGAGUAUAUAUAUGUGUAUACACACAGACACACACACAUACAUUUCCUUUUAGCUUCUUACCGGGGAUUACACUGUUGUGCCUGUUUGUCUGCAGUGCUGUUUAUAUUUUGGGUGAUGAAACAGGAGUUUCCUAGCUAUAAACCAGGUUAUUCACCCAUGCGUAUAGUAAUAAUUAAUUAAAUAGUAAAUAACUUCAACUUUUAGAGUGUUUUAUAAUGCUUGCACUAUUAUAGGAUUCAUAAAAGGAAUUUUAUUAAAAUGUACUGGAAUUAAACUUUGGGAAACAGUGAAUUUUGUUUUAAAUUUAUGGGAUCUAAGAAAUCUAAAAAUGUCAGAUUAGUUCUUGUGCCUGAAACUACAGUACAUAUGAACUCUGUAAACACCAGCCUCUUGCUGUAUGUUUGUGCUUAUUUUACAGUCCUAAGUAUUACUCACUUCACUGUCUUGUAUUUAGUGCUUUGUGCUUUCCCUCUAAUUUUAGUAAUGGUACUAUUAGGAAACAAACCCCAAACCUUUUCAUCUUUUCAGAACCUCAGGUUUUACAGACGUAAUUUAUCUAAUAGACCAAAUAAACUCCUAGGGAUAUUUUGGACUGUUAAUUUAGGCAAAAUGUUUAGAAAGAGUAUUAAUAUUUCAUAAAAUAACAUAGGUUAUCCAAACCAAAUAUAAUAGACUGUAUUAAAAAUGCAUUUCAGAAUGAACGAAUUAGCAGUUUCUUUAGCACCACAUAUGAACAGUUGGGUAUUUAAAAAUAUUAUAUCUGUUGGGGGCAGGCAGCAUGUCUAAAAACACAUGGGUUAAUGUAAAAAUUUUGAAAUUUUUUAUACUUGUGAAAAAUUUAGAUCUUUAGCUUUAUUAUAGUAAAUGAGUGUCAUAUUGUGAGUUAUCCUGCUUCCUUUUGAAAAAAAAAAAACUACCAAACCAAUUAUUUUUCCUUUACAUUUUAGUCUUAAAACAGAAAAAAUAUUUGUAAAUUAAAUUUGUUGCUUUGCUUCAAAUAAAAGAGAACUGAAGUAGAAAAUAAUAGAAUUGCCAAUACAGAUUUACUUAUGCUUAAAUUUCACUUCUGGGGAUAGAGAGCUAAUUUUGUAUCAAGUGUGUGUAUUUUAGUUUAGCUUAGUUUUUUUUUUUUUUUUUUUUUGGACACAGUUUUAUGUAUCUCAGGCUAGACUCGAAUUUGCUACCUAGCUGCAGAUGACCUUGAAUUCCCAAUCCUCCUGCCUUUUCCUGCCAAGCGCUGGGAUUACACGUGUACCCCACUGUGCCUAGCCAUCUUAGCCAUUUCAAGUUUUGGAUCAUCUAAUGAGUGGUUAUUACUGAACAAAAUCAUUCCAUUUUAUUUUGAUUUUUAAAUGAUUAGUCAAAUGGAUUCUUUGCUCUCUGUUAAAUAAAUUGGUUCUUUAAUGACUGUCCUUAGAUAAAAGUAAAACAUUCCAUCCUAGAACUCAUUCUCUAACUUCCCCACUGGAAGAGCUGCUGUUUGCACCCCACAUUGCUGGGAAGGGAGCAGGUUCUAGUAGAGGUCAAGCUGUUCUUAAAAGUUCUUUUUGAACUAACUAUACUUGGUGACAGUGUACCUGAAUUCCAGCACUUAGGAGACUGAGGCAAGAAAAUCAUGAAUUUGUGACCAGGCCAAGCUGUGUCAUGGUCCUAUGCCCACAAAAAACAAGUAAAACAUACUUUGGGGUGUGUGUAUUGGGAUGUGUGUGUGCGUUUCUGGACAUGUUUCACUAGUGUAUCAGUGGUGCUGAGUACUGAGGUCGAAGCUCUGGCCUUCCCUACUCCUGCAGAAUAGUGAACUGUGCACUCCUCUGGGUGUGUACUCUGCCCUUGACAGAGCAGUUAAGGAAAAUCAAGUGAGCUUGUUACUUAAAGGGAAAAUUGAUUCCUUUAAUACAGUAAUUUACCAGUGUUUGCUCUUGAUGUGAAUAAUUACUAUUCCUUAAAGUUGGCAUCACAAAAUGAUAUGUAAUAAUAACGUCUAGAGGUAAGACGUUACCCCCCGCCCCCCAUAUGAGUAUAAAAGACAGCACAAGUCUGUCUUUGCCAAAUUAUUAGUAAAUGCAUGGUUCAGACUUGCUGUUCUUUGAAACAGUGCUACUAGGUUUCUAAUUGAAUUUCCAUGUUGUUUUGUGUGUGACCAGUAAGCUUCUGUGUUACUAUAAAGCUGUUACCUCUAUAGAAUUGUGCAGGACCUCACAGGAAAGUGACGAUGUAGAGAGAGAAAGGCCUGGUCUAACAGAAGAUUCUCCUUUUAAAUACUUCUUACUGUGAUCACAGACAAAAAUUUCCAAGUGCUCUAUUGAUUUUUUUGGAUAAAUAUUUUAUGCUUGCAUUUAAACUUGAAAUGUACAAGAACAAGACAAUCAGUUAAAAUCAGAAACAAGAAGUGUUAUGAUGUAAUGGCCUUGUGCUGUAGCAAUAACAUGACCAAGUGCAAUGACUUUAAUAAAAUCAUCUUUUGAAAGUU